AUGGGCUGCGCGACUAAGAACGCAAAGGUCGUUGCCAUCUCGCUCGGCUCCCUUCAACGCCUCAUCGCGCUCAAAGCCGUGCCACAAUCCGCCGUUCCCCUCAUCGUCUCCACAAUGAGCGACUGCAUUAACCAAGGCGUCGACAUCCAACUCCGCAUCCUACAGACUCUCCUGUCUCUCACCACCAACUUCCCUUCGGUGCAUGGGCAGCUGCUCGGAGAUGCCCUUCUACUCUGCUUCCGGCUUCAAGAGUCACGAAUAGCGGUCGUAUCAUCUACCGCGGCAGCGACUCUGCGCCAGCUUGUUAUGUUCGUGGUAGACAAGGUUGUCGACGAGGAUCGCCGGGACGAACUCUCAGAAAGCGACAAGAUCGAGACCGUACUACCCAGUGGCGCCACCACGAAACUCGGUCCAUCUGCUUGGGACGCUUACGCAGUUUUUGAAGACCUGUGUCUACUCGCCAACUCGGAGGAGCCCCGUUUCCUGAAUCUUGAGUCGCUCCGGAAGACGUUUGCGCUGGAGCUUAUCGAGAGCGUGCUGACCAACUACCAUGACUUAUUCCGCAAGCACUCGGAGCUGCUUCUUCUGCUCCAGCACCAUCUAUGUCCUUUGGUGCAUAAAUCAUUAUCGGACCGCCCCAACUUUCCCCUCACAUUACGAUCGACACGCGUGGUCUUUAUAUUGCUCAAGCAGUUCUCCGUCGAGCUCCUGACCGAGGCGGAGGUUUUCCUGAUGCUUCUCAUCCGCAUUAUCAGCUCGGAGAGCGGUGACUCAGACCCUGCAGACUCCUCGCCGGGGCAUACCGUCCGCCCCUUGUGGAUGCGGGUUCUCGCUAUGGAGAUUAUGCGUGGAUUGUGCAGCGACGCAGAGCUCAUGCGCGAUGUGUGGGAAAGAUACGACUCCGAGGAAGGCGGAUCGAAAGUGUUCACCCAGCUCAUCACCGCCCUCAAGCGCCUUGUGACAGAGCGCCCGGCAGUUCUAGGCGUUGGCCAACAAAUGUUCGGAGUAGGCGUAUCGACCGAUGGCGCAUACGGACUGGACGUUGGCGGUGUAGCGGGUAUGGUCGCGAGCGCGGCAACUGCAACAGUCACUGGAGUCGCGAACAUGAUGACGAGCGAAGCAGGGUUGAGCGUGCAGACUUCCGCGAUGAAGCUGCAGUGCAUCGAUCAACUCGACAAAGCCGACUCACCACCCAUCCCCGAGGCCUACCUCUACCUUCUUGGAGUGCAAUGCCUCGUCUCGCUCUGCGAAGGAUUUGCCAACUUCACGGCCCCGCUAUACAACUCCAUCAUGGUCCAGAAACCGCGCACCGCCGGUGACCCCGUCAUGCGCGCUCCUCCCGCUCUCGAUCUCUCGACCCUGCCCCAAGACCAGCCAAACACACACGCUCUGCGCACCGUGCACAGCAUGGUCGAGUCCGGAUGGCCCGCACUGCUCGCCGCGCUCUCCUUCCUCAUCUCUACCAACCUUUCCGACGAGCUUUUUGUCGACGUCCUCGCAUCCUACCAGGCCCUCACGACUGUGUCGGGCAUGCUCGGUCUCACGACCCCACGGGAUGCCUUCUUCACCUCCCUCUCCCGCCUCGCCAUCCCCUCCCGCGUCGUCUCGAGCAUCGACUCCUACGCAUCCCUCGAGCCCAGCACCCCGCGCUCGACCGCGCACGCGAUUUCCGACUCCUUGGGCGUCUCGAUCCCAGGGCUUCCUGGAAAUUCGGGCACGCAGUCUCCCGGACUGUCGGAGCGAAACAUGGCCUGUCUCAAGGUCCUCGUCGCAAGUGCCCUAUUUCUCGCCGGCAGCCUUGGGGAAAGUUGGUUCGACAUACUCGAGGCCCUCCAGAACGCCGAUUACGUCCUCACCCUCAAGGGUGCGCGUCCCGCCCCGAGCAAGCGCAACACGAUCGGCCCCGGAUCGAACAUCUCUCCUUCCACGAGCGGGAGCACCGCGGCAAGCCGUCAUCCCUUGUUGGCGGACCUGGACCCCGAUAGUCUGCAGCACGCGAUGCAGCGGCUGUUCGACGCUUCGAAGAACCUCGAGGACCCGGCGUUCUCCGACUUUGUGCGCGCGCUGUGUAAGCUGAGCGCGGCGAUGGUGGGGAUGCAGAGUGACUCAGUGAUACCGGAGAACGAGUCGACGGACGAGCUGGAUGGAUCGGGGGCGAGUGCGUUGCUGUCGCCGCCCCUGACGGGAGAUGCGACUGCGCAUCGAAGGAGGGUCAGCGGGAUUCACUUGCCUCGCACUUUGCGAUCUGGGGACUUUGGUAUUGCGAAGCUUGGCGGGGUCUCGAUGCUCAACAUCCAUCGCCUCAUCUACCGAUCACCAGAGAUCGCGUGGGAUACCAUCACCCAACACCUGCUUUCCGUCAUCCGACACCCACACGCACCCCCAACGAUCCGCGUCCAGGCUGCGAAGGUGCUCGACGACAUCCUGGUCGUCGUCCCGCGCAACAUCACGUCGUCGACUGAGCUUCAGCCUGUCGUCCAGCGCCGUGUCCUCGACGUCCUUGCCCUGCAGGUCAUCCCAGAGCCCAGCGCCGCUGGGAACAGCACGACGAUUGAGCUCCGCCGUAUGGGACUCGAGACGCUGCACCAAAUUCUUCAGUCCUCGGGACACACCCUCGUCGUCGGCUGGGAGACAAUCUUCGAGAUGCUCGGGAGCGUAUGCAAGGCCGCGCUCGCACCCUCGAUGCCACCCACCCCGUCACCGUCCAUGACGGAGCUUGGGAAGGGCCGCCCGCCGCCGCUCCUGUAUUUGUCGGAGAAGGGGCACACGUCGCUCGUGAAGAUUGCGUUCCAGUCGCUUACCCUCGUCUGCGAUGAGCUGUCGCAGCUGUCCCCAGAGCACCUCCGCCUAUGCAUCAGUACCCUGGGACUCUUCGGACGCCAGUCGGACACGAAUAUCGCCCUCAACGCUGCCGAGAGUCUUCUCUGGGGUGUAUCGGACUCCAUCCAGGCGAAACGGCGGGACGAAACCAAGGAGCCCGAGUACAGCACCCUGUGGAUGUUCCUCCUGCUUGAGGUCCUCGGCCUCUGUACCGACGGCCGACCCGAAGUCCGUGUCGGGGCGAUUCAGACGCUGUUCCGCACCCUGCAGCUGUACGGCGCCACGCUCAGCCUCGAGACCUGGGACGAAUGCAUCUGGAAAGUCACCUUCCCGCUCCUCGACUCCAUCACCGCGUCCAUCCGGCGUCACCAGUCUGCGCACAAUGAGCCCGCUUCGCCUGCGCCGCGCGUAGACGAACAGUGGGACGAGUCCAAGGUGCUUGCGCUGCAGUCGAUCGGCUCGAUCUUCCACGAUUUCCUCACGAGCAAGAUCAUGCGUCUCGAUUCGUUCGUCAAGGCGUGGGGGGUAUUCGUAGGCCACAUCCAGGACUCUUGGGUGCGCGACAGCAGGACGAUCACCGCCCCGGCGCUGCGCUGCCUUGAGAAGGCGAUCAAGGCGUGCUCUGCGGCGGACGACCUCAAGGACCGGACGCAGGAGGCGCUCGAGAUCGCCUGGCGCGCGUGCGACGCCAUGGGCAGCGCCGUCGCCGAGGCCGAUGAAACGACUCCCCACGCCAAAGAUGCGUCGUCCGGGUCGCUGGCUGCGCUGAUGAGCCAACCCUUGACCCAAGAGAGCUUAAUGGCGUACGUGGACGUUAUCCGGUGCACGAGAAGCGUCGGCCGACAACUCGAGGACCGCGAGUGGCCGCUUGAACGCCUCACUCGCCUCAUGACAAUCCUAAAAGGUGUCCUGACGUACUCAAGCUCGCCCGACUUCCGACCGGACAUCGACCAGCUCAACCCUGUGCAGGCGGUCGUGAUGGAAGCAGUGAACGGCAUCGAGCUCACCGCACCGGGCGUCGUCUCGCUCGUGCUCCGCGACCUUUCCGAAUACGCCACGCUUCCCUUCCUCGCCGCGUUUGACGUGCAGACGCCGCUCCCGAGCGGCCUGCCCUCGGCCACGAAGCCGUCGCGGACUGGCCCGCACCGAGUCACGUACAUCGCGCUGUCGAAGAAAACGAUGCCGAUGCUCGUCGAGCUCUUCCUGAAGGUCAAGGAUCAUGCAGCGAUUUUUGCGGAUGGGACGGUCGAGGCCAUCUUCUCGGCGUAUUCCAUUCCAAUCAAGAUGAAGUACGAGUGCCCCGCGCCGUCCAAGUUCGGCAAGGACGAGCCGCUGUGGAAGACGGCGACGACGAGCUUCCUCCGCAUCGUGAAGGAAUGCGGCGCGCAGAUGCGCGCGCUGCGGAGCGACAUCCCCGCGGACAGGGUCGAAGGCAUCUGGCGCCAGGUCGUGGACGCUUACCGCGGUGGCAUCCUCGCUGACUGUUCUGCCAUCGAGGGGUUCUCGCUCGACGCGCAGGAGGCAGAGGAGAACUUCGACCUCUCGCUCGUCGCAUCGCUCGAGAUCGAUGUGGUCCCGUACCUCGGGGAGUCCACUGUACCCGACUACGUCGUCUCGCAGCUCGCGCGUGUCCUGCAGCAGGGUAGCCGGCUGCGCACGACCGACGACGACCUGCCGCCCUCGCCGUCGUCGCUGCCCGAGGACUUCGUGCGUGGGGGGAACCGCACGAGCAAGAGCCCGUCGCCGAGGGGUGGCGAGAGGACGAACACGUUUGGGGUGAACGGAGCUGCGGAGGGCACCACAAGCACCGGCCACUUCCUUCCUCGGGAGCGGUUCUCGUACUGGUGCUUCGACCUGUUGUUCCUCAUCUGCUCGGACACCUCGAAAGACCAGAUACCUGCGAGACGGAGGAUUGCGGCCCUGAGCAUACCCUCCCUCCUGGAGCGUUGUCGCAUGACUCUCGUCAGCUACGUCGCCGACGAGUCGCUGCGGGGCAAUCUACCCUUCCCAAGAGCGCGCGAAGAAGAGCUCCUAUAUGUCCUUCGAAAACUGCUUGAUCUCCGUCUGUGGCCCGGUUCGAUGUGGGCGGCGCUCUCAGACUCGCCGUCAGAGCAUGCGGUGGAACAACCCGGGAUCGACCAGUCGCUCGCGCCGUCGGCGUUGGUCGCCGACGCGGUGCGGCGGUCGACCAAGGCACACCUCUUCCACUUCUACCCCGUCCUGUGCGAGAUCGUGGCGAUCCCGCGCAAGCCUCCGACGGCGUGGGCCGCGGGUCGCGCAUCAAGCGGUGAUCCCAGCAGAAGAGCACAGGAAGGGACGGAGGGGCCCGCGGCGGAGUUCGACGCGCGCAGCCUCGUCAAGGAGUGUUUGAAGGAACUCGGGAGGGAGCUAGGCGUCGGCCGUUGA